UGAGAUGGCGCGUGCGGCUGUCAGUUGGUUCCUCCGCCGCGCGCUGUGCUCGAGCCGCCCGUUAGGCGCUGCCCCGCGCCGGGGGCCCAGCAGCCCGCCCUCGGCCUGGGCCUACGCGGCGGUGGAGCCAGCGAGGCCGGAGCAGAUGGUGUUUAUCGAGGACGCGGCUGAACUCGAGGAUGAGGCGGCGGCAGCGCCGGGCGGCGAGGCGACGACGUCGGCGCCCAGGAAGGCCCAGGCCUCGCCCUCAGCGCUGCGCCGCCAGCUGCUGGCCUUGGAGGCGCUGAGUCCGCCACCGGCAGCCGAGCCGCAAGUGACCGACUUGGGCUUCCCGGCGCCUGAACUGCCGUCGAAGAAGAAGAGGAGGGAGAGCCGGCGGCAGGAGCACCGGGUGUACGGCACCGCCGACCCGCUAGAGCCGGCCAGCAGCUCGCCGUGCUCGGGCUGCGGUGCCCUCCUGCACUGCGUGGACCCGUCCCUGGCCGGUUACCUCCCGAGCGAGAAGUACAAGCAGCUGCUGGAGGCCGGCACCUUGCAGCGCUCCGUGUGCCAGCGCUGUUUCCUGCUGGUGCACCACCAAAAGGCGCUGGAGGUGCGGGUGCCGGAGGGGGAGUACCGGCGCCUGCUGGGCCGCAUCGCCCAGGAGUCGGCCCUGGUGCUCUACAUGCUCGACCUGCUGGACCUGAGCGGCAGCCUGAUUCCCGGCCUGCAGCGGCUGGUGGGCGAGCGGAACCCCGUCCUGGUGCUGGCCAACAAGGUCGACCUGAUCCCCGCCGACUGCCGCGACUACCUGAAGCGGCUCCGGCACCGGGUGCUCGAGCACUGCGGCCUGGCGGACAUCUGCACCGACUACCGGGGCCGGGACGUGGUGCACCUGAUCAGUGCCAAGACCGGCUACGGCAUCGAAGGGCUGAUCUCCCGGCUCCAGAGCUCCUGGCGCUUCAAGGGCAACGUGUACUUGGUCGGCAACACCAACGUGGGAAAGUCCACCCUCUUCAACACCCUCCUGCAAUCCGACUUCUGUAAAUCCAAAGCCCCCGAUGUCAUCCAGAGAGCAACUGUUUCCCGCUGGCCAGGAACAACAUUAAAUCUUCUCAAGUUUCCAAUUAUAAACCCCACACCAUACAGAAUGUUUCGAAGGUCAGAAAGAUUGAAAGCUGCUAAGAAUCAAACUGAAGCUGACCUCAGCGAAGAAGAGUUGAAGCAACUUCACCAACUGAAGAAACAGGGCUAUUUGGUUGGUAGAGUUGGUAGAACAUUUCGUAACACUCAAGUGAGUGGAGAACGAAACAAACGAAUAAUUGAAUGGGAUCCAGAUGAACUGUCCUUGAGUGCAGAGCCUGAAGAAUCUAAGAAAGAAAAUGUGUCAAACUCCGAAAAGGUGGUGGAAUUCACAUACAAUGAAUUGAAAGAUGCUCGCUGGUUUUAUGACACGCCUGGCAUCUUAAAGCAAGACUGUAUUUUAAAUCUUCUUACAGAUCAAGAACUGAAGUCUGUUAUGCCAUCGUCAGGUAUCAUUCCUAGGACAUAUGUGCUACAACCUGGUAUGGUGUUAUUUCUGGGUGCCCUAGGUCGUAUCGACUUUCUGCAGGGAGAAAGGUCAGCCUGGUUUUCUGUGGUUGCUUCCAACCAGCUUCCAGUCCAUGUUACAAGCCUCGAUAAAGCAGAUUCGAUCUAUCAGAAGCAUGCUGGAAAAGCAUUCCUUGCGGUUCCUAUUGGUGGAGAGGAGAGGAUGAAAGAUUUCCCUCCCUUGGAACCUCAAGAUAUUGAGUUGUUUGGAAUUGGUCCCUUUGAGGCUGUAGCUGACAUAAAAUUCUCUUCAGCAGGCUGGAUUGCAGUGACAGCUCAGUCAGAGGAUAAGAUUAGGCUUCGGGCCUACACUCCAGCAGGAAUUGGCUUAACAGUUGAAAAGCCGCCUCUUCUAUCAUUCAUUGUCAAUGUUAAAGGAGAACGAAUUAGAAAAUCCCCAGCCUAUAAACUUAAAAAGAUACUACCUGUUGUGGAAAACUUGCGAUUAUUACCUCAAAAACAUGACCUGCUCGAAGAAUGGAAGCAUACAAGAUACUUAUGAAAGUCAUUGUCCCAGCGUUUGUAAAUAAAUUACACCAAAGACUGAGUUACUAUCUGCUAAGUCCUAUUGUAUAAAUUAUUUUUUGGCUGUGAGUUUUGCAAGGAAGUUGACUGCUUAAUAAUCACAAAUCAUUCCCUUAAUUCCUUUAAUGGAGUAUUUACUAAUUUCCAGUAUGUGAUUUUCAGUGGAAUUAUAUCUGAAAAGAAGUUUUUUUUUGAGUUGUGCAGUCUGACAGUAUUGCAAAUAAAUGUAUAUUUAAAAUCUCUGAUGGGUCAUUUAAUUCACUGACAAAUUCAUUUAUAAUGCCCUGAGCUAAGAUUGUGCAAGCCACGACAAGACUAAUACUAGUUUUGAAUUUUUUUGUUUUGAUGAUGAGUAAUUAAUCAUUUUACAUUUAAUUUGUGUACAUGUAACUUGUAUUGACAUGUAGUUUGUAAAAUAUGUAUGAAACAAAAUUUGUAUCCCAAGGCUACAGUGGUCUCUACAGUAAGUAAACCCGAUGACUUUUUUUUCCUAAGUGUUUUUGUUUGAUUACAGGCAUUGCCUGAACAACUGUUUUUUAAACUUGUACUUUUAUAAAAUAUGAAUUGUUGUGA